UAAAGCAGCCGCGCUGUCCCUGGUGCUGAAAUUUGCGCUGAGACUCGGAGAAGCCGGAGACACCGGAGAGACCGACUUACAUUGAAACUGCGGAGAGAGAGAAAGAAAGAGACUGCACGAAACAAAAAUGUUUCAAGCUCCCCCUCUCCUCCUAACCCUAUCCCUAACCAUCCUACAUUUCCACUUCUAUAAUGCCAUUCCUGUCGGAGAGGAACAGAGACACCAGGCUAUACAUCAGAAUACUCACGAGAGCCCUGCUUAUCCCUCUGAAGCUGUAGAUCAUCAGGAAGCAUCUUCACUUCCCAGAAGCCAGCAUGAGAAGAGGGAGGGCAAUGAAGAGAGUGAAUCCACACAAAUGCUUCCUCCAGCAACACAAGCUGAGGGAGAUGAAUUGUUUAGAGAUAUCAGUCCAAAGGCCUUGGCUGCUGUCUUGCUACAAGCCCUUAAUUCUGAUGGGGAAGAGCAGACCCCUUCAACCUUUGCAGAGAAAACUCCCCCUGACGAUGACAAAGCCUUGAAAGAAGAGAAAGAGAAUGUUCUGACAGAAAGCGUAAAGAGCAGAUCACAACGUUUAGAAAAAGAGGAGGCUAUUAGAGAAGAUGCAAAAGUGGGAGAUGAAGAAGACAUAGAAAGCGUGAAGUCACUGUUGCAAGAACUUGAGAGUUUUCAGUCCCCACCUAAAGCAGAUCAAGAAAUUGAACAGUACACAAACCCUGAUAAUGAUGACUUAGAAGAGCUAAAGGAGCUUCUAGGUAUAGGAGGUGAAAUAGAAGAGGAAAAAAGGGGCCCGAUCCAACCUGAACCAGAAUCACCCAGAAAAUGGGCAGGAGAAGAAGAAAGUGAUAAUCUAGCUGGUGUUGCUCAAGACCUUCUGCUACAAUAUGUCCUGAAUGGAGCUGAAAGUGAAGGAGAGCAGGGUGAGGAAGAGAAUAAUCAAGAUGAGGAAGGUAUUGAAGAAGCAGAUGAUUACCAAGGUGGAGACUUUGUUGGAGGUCAGAGGCCUAUGUUUGAAGAUGAGGAAGAUGCUAAUAACCUGGAGAAAAGAUCAAAUGAUGAUGAUGAUGAUGAUGAGGUUGAUCCUCAAACUAUUGACAAGUUGAUUGAGCUCUCCAGUCGCCUGCAUCUUCCAGCUGAUGAUGUUGUUGAUAUCAUAACUGAUGUUGAAAGGAGGAAAAGGAGAAGGAUGAAAAAGAAGAAGGCAAGAGAUGACUUCCUUGGAAGGAAGGAAAGGACAAGAGCCCCAACACAAUCUUGGCCUGAUGCUCCAAAACCUGCCUAUUAUCCCAGGAGAAGGCUGGAGCAAGAGCCAGUAUGGAAUAAAGUGCAAGAUCCAGUCUGGAACAAGGUUCCCGAACCAAUCUGGAGUAAGAAAAAGGAGCCAAGAUGGAAUAAGUGGGCAGAGCCCAGUUGGAAUAAGCUGCAGGAACCAAGAUGGGAUAAAGUGCAACAACCAAGCUGGAAUAAAGUGCAACAACCAAGCUGGAAUAAACCAAGCUGGAAUAAAGUUCAACAACCAAGUUGGAAUAAAGUGCAACAACCAAGCUGGAAUAAAGUGCAACAACCAAGCUGGAAUAAAGUGCAACAACCAAGCUGGAAAAAGAUGCAAGAGCCAAACUGGAAAAAGAUGGAAGACCAAGGCUGGAAUAAGGUGCAAGAUUCAAACUGGAAUAAGGUGCAAGAUUCAAACUGGAAUAAGGUACAUGAUUCAAGCUGGAGCAAGUUGCCAGAAUCCAGUUGGAAUGAAAUAGAAAAGCCAAGCUGGAAUAAGGUACAGAAAUCAAGUUGGGAUAAUAUGGAAGACUCAAGCUGGAAUAAAGCAAAACAACCAAGCUGGAGAAAAGUUAUGGAGCCACCUCCCCGCAGAUAUCGCACACGCCCUUCUUCAUUCUCAAAUUAUAUGCGCCCCAGGGCUUUCCAGUCCCCCCCACGAUAUUAUUACAAACCUCCUCCCCCACAGAUUGAUGACUACUUUGAUGAAGACAAGGAUAGGCAGGAGGAGAUGGAGAAUUAUAUUGAAAGGCUCCUGCUGACCCAUCCUGAGGUCUUCCAGUGAUUUGUCCCAAGUUGUAGUCCCAUAGAAUACAACUCAACAACUCAACCCAGCUAUUGAAUCCAACUCAACUACAUUGAACAUGACUCAACUGAGCAAGAUAUUUAUCUCUCCAGUUGCACCCUGUUUUGCCCAACUCAAGUGAUUUUAUGACCCACCAUAAUAUAUAUAUAUAAAUAUGAAACUCUCUGAAAAUGUCUGUGCAUUAACCAACUUGCCCUCGGUGAUGCCACAAUAACAAACUGACAAAACCAGUGAUGUUUUCCAUAAAUGACAAAAGAACUGCGUGGACACUAAAAACCUAAAAAAACAAAAACUUAAGAAUCACAGAAGAACAAAAGACAAUAUGGAUUGUUGAAACACCUGUAUGUUUCAGAUCAACCUGUGAUAAAUCUAAAAACUUUCUUUCAGAAGAUCUGGUGCAGUUUUGGGCAACUUCAUGCUCUGGGCAGAUAUUACUCAUCAGAGUCAAUAUCAAGUAGUUCCUAAGAGAAUGGUCCAAAUUACAAUCUCCCUAAGUUAUGUAAACCUGAUCAAGGCCCGUCCUACUCCAUAAAUAUAUAUAUCUAUACAUAAAAGAAAACUAAAUAAAUGAUAAGAGUAAUUUGCACUAAAGAGGUUUUGCUUUGGGACAUGCAGAAUCGCCCAUACUGUUGAGACCUCUUUAAAGGAGAAGUUCACUUUAACCAAAUUUUCAGCAUUUGUACAUUGAAGUUAGACAGACAGUCAACCGGUCAGAGGUUUUUGAAUUAUCUGUGUUUUGUAUUUUGCCUCUCCCCAAACUGAAGCAAUAUGGUUAGUUAGGGCAAUUUCUGAAGACCCCCUGCAGAAGUGCAAGAGCACUAAGGGGCACAAGAGCUCUUGCAAAGGAGAAAAGCACAGCUCCCUGCCAUAGGACAGGCAGAAAUUACAGGGCCCCAUUGUAGCCUAUGUCCAGUGCAGACCCUCAUGAAUACAGCUCUGCUAAUUGCAAGCAGCCCUGUAUUCAUGAGGGCCACUGAAGGUGCUCCAAAAUAAACAGAGACCUGCGGCAGUUAACUAGAGAGUAAGACAGGGUGCAAAGUGCAAAUAAAAAGCAGAUUGUGCCUGUGCUUUCCACUUUGUAAAUUACCCUUAAUGUGAUUGGUAGAUGGGUUGUUGGGAUAUAUUUGAUCAUCAAUAUUUCUUUUUAUUCAGCCCUCCCUCCACGAUGCCUCGUUGCUGGUGUCCGUAAACCUAGCAGCCAGAUAGUAGUUUCAAUGCCAAACACGAGACCUGCAGAACAAAGAAAAGUUAAUCCACAAACACACGAAGAAAACCAUCUGCAUUUCAUCUUUGUUGAUAGCAUACUAAAAUUUAUUCUUAAAGUGAACUCCUCCUUGAAAUCGCCUGUUGACGGACAGGAGCGUCACAUUACGACAAGUGACAGCUUUCUCCCGCAACUGUCGAUUUAUUAUGAUUAACGAUACUGUUACAACCGGUGAGAUGGCAGUAGCCCUGUCAACUCGCUGUCUUUUUGAGCACAAUAUUUGUAAUUAUACCCAAAAUCACAAAAAAAAAAGAAAAAGUAUAUAUAUAUGAUUUGAAAGAAUCUCUGCAUUAGGGGGUACAUGGUCCCCUACUGGGCCCUCAAGUUCCUGCCUGACAUUGCCUCCUGGAUUCACUCAGUUUGCAUGUUCCCCUUCUCCUUUCCCUCAGUGUCUUGGCUGCUGUGGCCCUCUCUGUGAUGCUGUCAAUGUUACCUUGCUAAUAAAGAGCUUUCUCUCCUCUCCUGUUUGUACAUAUCACAUAAAUACUUUUUCAAAAAAAAUAAAGCUGACUAUUUUAUUAUGA